AUGAAAACACAUUUACUUGUUGUUCCAAGUAAGAAAACUGAAGAGGUUAAUUGGGUCAAACCACUUAAUAAUUAUUUAUUAUCAAUAUAUGGUAAUACUUUGCAAUAUCAAGACGACAUAAACUCGUUGAAUAAAUUGCGCCAAGAUAUUCGGGGAGUCAAUGCUGAUGAUACGGGGUUAAAGUUAUACUAUAGUUAUUAUAGCAAAUUAGAAUUAAUCGAUUUAAGAAUUCCAUUUCAUGAUUUAAAUAAAUCCAAAAAAUUACAAUUUGAAUGGUUUGAUUCAUUUUCUUCAUUACCAUAUACUCAAAAUUCCUUAGCUUUUGAGAAGGCAAAUGUAUUAUACAACAUUGGUGCCAUUUUGAGUAGAUUUGCUCAAUUCAAAUACAAUGAACUGCAACAACUCAAUGGUCCUGAAGGUGAAACAGCAUUUAAACAACUGAUUUCAAUGUUACAACAAUCAAGUGGGAUUCAUCAAUUUAUUAAUAAAAAUUUUUUGCAUGCUCCAAGUCAAGAUUUGGCUCAAUCAACAAUAAAAUUUUUAAGUAAAUUGAUGAUGGCACAAUCUCAAGAGAUUUUUACGUUGAAAGUUAUUAGUGGUGAUUUAAAUCAACUGAAGAAUUCUUUAAUUGCUAAACUUUGUAAAUCAACAAGUGUGUUGUAUGAGGAUUGUUAUAAUAUGAUAAAUAAAAAUAAGAAAGAGGGGUUUAAAAUAACCAAUGAAAGUUAUGAUGGUAAUGAUUAUGAAGAUGACCUUGAUGAUGAUGAUUGUGAUGAUUUGGAAGGAUUUUUGGAAAGACCUGAAGAUACUGAAGAUUCUGAUAAUCGGUAUGUUGCUGCUGAAUUAGAUUCUUCGUGGAUUUCCAUUAUUUAUUUCAAAUAUGAAUAUUACAAAUCGUUGGCUUAUUAUUUCAAUGGUUUACAUUUAGAUGCAAAUAGAAAAUAUGGAGAUGCAAUUGCCUAUUUAACGAAAUCUCAAGAAGUAUUAAAUGGAGUCCAUAGUAGCACUUUGAAACAAGUAUCGAAAGGUAGUGGUGAUGUUUAUGAGUUAUUAGAUAAUUACAAGUAUCAAAAGGAUGCUGUCACCAUUAGACUCAAUGAUUUGAAUAAGGAUAAUGAUUUGAUCUAUCAUGAUAUUGUUCCUAACUUGGUGACAUUACCUGAAAUCAAACCAAUGGAUAGCACCAAAAUAAUUAAAUUGGGAGAUAAUGCCAUGUUCCAUGAAAUUAAUGAAAAAAAUUAUAACAAUUUCUUGGUUAAUGUUGUCCCAGUAAAUAUCCAUGAAUUGUCAAGUUAUUAUUCAGAAGAGAAGUCACAAUAUUUAAGGAAUGAAAUUGAUCAUUUUGAAGUGUCUAAUGAAGAAGUUUCUUCAGUGUUAGAAUAUUUGAAAUUACCCAAGGCAUUAGUUUCAAUCAAAGAGAGUCUUAGGGGAACAAGCUCUAAGGGAAACACGAGAAAUAUUGAUGAACUUUUGUCACAAUCUGUUAUUGAUAAAGUUAACGAAAUACUGUCACAAUAUUCAAAUGACAUUCAAAGGAAAAAUACUAUUGAAAAUUCGAGAAAAGAAAUAUAUCAAUUAAUUAAAUUUUUGACGGAAAAUAACUGUCAAGAUGAUGCAAUUCAAUUAAAAAAGAUUUUAUACGACGCAUCGGUAUCAGAUACCAAAUUAUUUGCAUUAGUGGAUGAAACUUAUCAUCAAACUUUAGGAAAAGGAAUUCAAUCUACUGAAUUUAAGAGUUUAUUCAAAACUGUUGAUAACAAGUCAUCGAAUCAAGAUUCAGAAAUAAGUCUUUUGGAUAUUAUUGAUGAUGAUGAUGAUGACAAUACUAAUCAAGAUAAACAAAUCAAGAAUAUUGAGGAUUACUUGAAUGAUUUAAAUAAUAUUAAACAAGCUAAAUUCAAAUUAAUUGAGAAAUUGAAGAAAGAAAUCCAUAAUGAUGAUAUUUCCGAUAUUUUGGUAUUAAACAUGAAAUUAAAAUCUACUAAUGAGAUCAAAUCAAUUAUUUUCCCUGAAGAAUUGAAAAAAUUUAAUCCAUUUACUAAUGAAUUAGAUAAAUUAAUCACUAACGAGAAAUCAAUAAUUGAACAAUUAAAAUCGCGUUGGAAUCAAUUGAUAUCAAAUCCUCAAAUUAAAAACUUACAAACGGAAACUAAUUCGAAAAAUAGAUUAAUUAUUAGUCAACUGGAAAAAAUUGAUCAAUUUUAUGGGAAUUGGUUGAAAUAUCAUAAUGGGUUAAUUGCUGGAGAAAAAUUUUAUAAUCAAUUAUUGGAUCAGUUUAAAAAUUUUAGAAAUAAUAUUGAUAAUCAAUUGAAUCAAGGAAUGAGGAGUUUGAAUAUUGGUCAACAAUUUCCUACCCAGCCAAUGUUGAAUAGGACUCAAAGUUCUGGUUUACAAUCGAAUUAUACUGGUCAAUCGAGUAUUAGUCAUAGUGGAAGUCUCAGUGGACAGCCAUCAGGAGGUUAUAAUCAACCACAACCACAACAACAACAACUCCAACAGCAACAGCAACAGCAACAGCAAGCUCAAUUUUCUGGUGCUUAUAAUCAACAGUAUUCACAACCUCAUGGUGGAUAUACCCAAUUUCAAGGUUAUGGCCAAGGGCAGGGUCAAUCACAAACUGGUUAUCAACGACAACCACCACCUCCACCACCACAAUUACCACCCAAACAAAGUAUGGGAUCCUACAAUUUUGCCACAACUCUACAACAACAACAACUACCACCACAACAACAACAACAACCGCAACAACAAAGGACACCUCAAAAUGAAAGUAAUUUGAUUUAUGAUAAUCCUUCAACUUAUAAUCCAAAUAUGUAUAAUUUUUUCUCCAGUAAAUAG